GAGUAAUGCUACUACUACUCCUCAUCAUCAUCCCGGGCAAUACACUUGUCGCCUACGACUGUGGGGGUGGAGCCCUUAACAUAACAACGAUAAACCUACUGGAGCCACAAGAAUGUCACCUCAAGGAGCAGCAACCCGAGGUCACCAAACCAUAUGUGCAGUUGCUACAAUUGUCAAAUUUCAAAAAGACCAAAGCUAUCCAAUGCAGGAUCGAGAUAGAUCGCACCGUUUACCACUGCGGGAUGCAUUCACACACAUCCAUAACAGCACACGGUCGACAAGCAUACAUCAAAGAAGUAAGCCGAGAGGCUUGCUCCCGAAGACAUGAGUAUGGGAUUGCAGAAAUCGCUCCAAAUAAACCACUGACGAACAUACCUCAGAACGGAACAACCAGGUUGGAAAUAACUCUUGCAGGAAACGUGGAACCAGAUGGAACAUGCGAAGGUGCCUUUUACGACGACCUCUACGGACAAUGGUCCAAUGUUGUCGUACAGGCAAUAAUAAAAAUUACCCUGUCAUCCCAGGAAGCAACCAUAAACUUGGAAUACAACAAAAUAACCUUUGAAAAUGGACUAAGCUGCGAGCUCCAAAGGAAACAUUGCUCUGACGAAGAAGGAGGAAAUCCCCGUUAGGAAGAU